UUUGAUAACAUUUUGUCGGUCACAGUAGUAUCCUAUUUUCCCUCAGCUCAGCUUGUGUCAGAAUCUUAGUUCUUCAUUUUCGGAUUUCGCUACUCUGCAUGCUCGCUUUUUGGGUGGCUGCGCAGCAUGGAUUUUAAUCUGGACAUCGACUUCAGCGAGUUCGAAAUUACUCUCGACGACCUGCCGCCCCCUCCCGCAGACCCCGAUCCCGACGAACCUGAUAGUUUACCUCCUCCUCCCCCUGACGAACCUAAUGAACCUGAUCUUCCUCCGCCUCCUCUCCUCAACCAUCCUGAGGAACCUGAUCUUUCGCCACCUCCCGACAUCUUACCGCCGAUGAUCGCCGUCAAAACAACUAACUCGGCAGUCAGCAGAAUGAUGGUCGGUGCGCGAGGAGGCUCCGAGCUGGGCAGCGAUACAGAACACCUGGCCGAGUUGGCCGCCCUGCUGUCCACGGAGCUGCCAGAGGGCCGGGCCAGCCUGUGCGACAGCCACCAGAAUCUGCAAAGGGUGGCCGAGUACUGCGAGGAAAAUUACUACCAGUCAGAGAACAAGAGGGCAGCUCUUGAGGAUACAAAAAGCUAUAUGACCCAAAGUCUUGCCUCGGUCGCUUAUCAAAUCAACACGCUGGCUUACAACUUUUUGCAACUGCUUGAACUCCAAGCUUCCCAACUGGCAGACAUGGAGAGUCAGAUGAACCACUUGCAUCAGACGGUGAUGAUCCACAAAGAAAAGGUGGCCCGGCGCGAAAUCGGCGUGCUGACGGCCAGCAAGACUACGAGCCGCCAGUUUAAAUUAAUCGCCCCUGCGAUCCUAGAGAAGCCGAUCAAGUAUGUGCGCAGGCCGAUCGACUACAACGCGCUGGACAACCUGGGCCACGGCGUGCACUCUCCUGCCAUGUCGCACGGCCAGCAGGCGACAGCUCACGCGCAGGGCGGCACGCCUCGCUCCAAGCGAGGAUCGAGCCAGGGCGCCAUCGUAACUAGCACCCUGCAGCAGGGUCCAAGCGUGGGCCCGGCGCCAACCACCAAGCCGCCCACGCCUCCUCAGGCCAUCCGCAACAUCGGCAGCCUCAGCAAAGGCUCCCGAGAGUACCGGACGCCGCCCGCCGUCGCACCUCCGCAAGUUCCCAGUCACUACGCUCCCAACUACCCAAUGGGCCACCCCCGCCGCAGCAUCGAGCAGAACAGAGGCGUGGUCGGGCUCGGACCGGGCUACAGCACGUUGCCCGUGCAGCAGAGCAACCAGCUGCUCACGCACACUCUGCCCCACCCGCACCACCACUCUUCGCAUCACCAGCAGAGAGAGAGCCUCUCGAGUACCUCCGCCCCAGGCCCACCUCAGAUUGGAAUGGUGUAUCCGAUCAACCAUGGAAACCAGUCUCAGAAUCACCCACAGACACCCCCUCCACCUCCUCCUCCUGCUGGAGGUCCACUGCCGAGCAGUUUCCCUCUUGACACUCACAUGAGUAUGCCUCCUCCACCGUCUCCCUUGGUGCAUCAGGGAGCGGGAGUGGAAGACCUUACUCACCACCUGCAAAUGAUGAGGGCCUCCCAAGGCUCACCGCCACUACCACCCCCUCCAAUGCCAGAGUCGCAGCAGUUGCCCCCCUCUUAUGGCUACGGAAGGACUUCCAUGGGAAUUGUGCCAGAAGACGCAGGUCUGCCCGGUUGGGUACCAAAGAAUUACAUCGAAAAAGUUGUCGCGAUUUACGACUACUAUGCGGACAAAGAGGAUGAACUCAGCUUCCAGGAAAAUUGUGUAAUUUACGUGUUGAAAAAGAACGACGACGGCUGGUGGGAGGGAGUGAUGGACGGCAUCACAGGCCUCUUCCCAGGUAACUAUGUUGAACCAUGCGUCUAACUCACUCAGAACUUAAACUACUCUUGUAAUUAGAAAAUCCAACCCGCUGUAUCGAUAACUAUUCCAUUGGUGCAUUGCAAUGUGUAUGCUAUUUUCCAUAUUGUUUGAGCAAUAUUGUGUUUUCUUUUGCACUGCUAUUUAUAUUAAAAUAAAACACAUUAUCUUUCAA